AUGGAGGAUCCGGCGCCAAGGCGGGUCAAGGAGGUGAAGGUGUCGGCCGGAGAGAGUGCGUUUUUAUUGGAUGCUGACAGGUCAGCCUUGCCGGGCGGGGCGGCCGACGCAGCUUGGAAGCCACAAGCUGCCCAAUUCCAAUUCUUCAAAUCGGGCACCUGGCCUUUGGGGGAGCAGGAAGCGGCUCUCACCCAGAGGGCUGCUGACUUGCGAGGCACAUUGCAGAAGGAGAUGGCGAAAGAUCGCAGUGACGAGCACGAGCUCCAGCAGCAGCUCCACCGCAGCCAAGAGAGGCUUAACCAAACAAGGAAAAAAACAGUUGCAGAACAAAGUCGGGAAGCAACGUUGAAGCACGAUGUCGAACGAGUGAAGCACCAGUUGACGCACGAAACCGCCUCGGCCAAGCGCGAUGCAAACGCCCGGGCAGCCACGGCUUCGGCGCAGGCACAGCAAGCCCUUGUGAGCCGCGCCUCGGCCCUUGCAGAUGUGACCCGGUGGAGGCAGCGGACGCAGGAAUUGCAGGCACAGCUGAAUAAUCUCAACAAAACCCUGCACAAGCUGGAUGUCAAAGAAUCCCAAAGCCAGGCCCAUCAGAAUGAUCUCACGAGUUCGCAGCACGGACAGAAGCUUGAAGAGCUUCAGAGCAAGUUGCAAGCAACGAAGCGGGAACGGGAAAAGGAGGCCAAGGCCUGGACAAGGCAGCGUAAGGAUUUGCAAUCGGAGUUGCAAAGGCAGCAUGCCGCAGCAAGUGUCGCUAUGAGAGAGCAGCGGCGAGUCGCAGCAGAGGCCAUUGCCAAACAAAGAGCGACAGAGCAGGAAUCUGCUUGGGCGCAUCAAGCAGUUGACGAGGCAAAGAAGCGGGAGGCGGAAUCUCAGGCUGCCGAAGAGAGAGAAGCAAAGGCAGCUGAACGCCACGAGAAAGCAGAGCAGAAUGCCAAACACACCGUACAGGCCCUGCGACGUCAGCUACAUCAUGGCCGACAGCAGGUCCUGGUUUCGGUCGCCGCCCUCGUCGCCUUGCUCUUGGCCGGCAUGGUGCUUCUCGUGGCCCUACGCUGGCACUACCUCGCGGAGCGAGCGGAGCACAUUGAGGCCAUCAUGAAGUUGCAUGAUGACCGCGAGAAGGUCCUCACCGCCUUGGAGCAGGCGUGCGAUUCCUUGCAGGCGCCGCUUCUUCCUAACGGCAGCAAGGAUUAG